AUGACAAGUGCGUGUACGCAUGAAGUUGAAGAAACAAUCAAGGUACCACGCUGGCUUCUUUCACCUGCGAAGUUCUCGCUUGAAGGCAACUUUACCUUAUUGUCUAUUCAAAUGCAGGGCUUUGCAUUCAUAAGACAAAGACCUCCCGUGGGACUCGAGAGCUCAGACCAGGCGGCGUAUACCAAGCAAACAGCAAACGCGUAUCCCGCUGACAGCCAGUCUGUCGGACCUGGGGUGGUUCCCCGAGAUUGCCAUCUCCCCAUUUACACAGGAACUUGUCCCUCUUGGCAGAUUACUCAUUUCGAUGUUAUCUCGACUUGUGCUAUCGCAGAAACUACUUUACUGAACAAUAUUUUUCGACUACAACCUCUCAUCCAGAGGCUUAUUCGAAUACUGAAACUGAUUUUGUAUCGAGUAGUGUUACUCAUCAUUCUUAGAGUGGUCCGCAGCAGGUUGGCAAUAAACCUGGAAAUGUACAAGAUACUCACAGGCCAGCUUUCUCCAUUUGCAUGGUACCUGACGGAGCACGUCCACGCUUACCCCCCCCGUCAAGCCCCCCGUGCUGGCUUGGCCUGGCCGGGCCUUGACUGGAAUCUGUUUCUGUCGGGUCUCUUGUCUGCCACACCCAAAUUAUUGCUCGCUGGCUUCUACGUUACGCCUGCUCCCUUUCUUUUUUUGACUUUGUCCAAUGCCUCACUCUUUCCUUGCUUUUUGCGAUCCAAACCGACGAAGACGGCGACUAAUUUUCCAAACUUGACGCGACGCCUUUCAUUUCCUCUCUCCAACCUCGAUGCUAUUUCGUUGCCAUCGUCUACUACCGACCAACAGGUACAAAAAUGUCGACCGAAGCACCAAGUGCUGGUCCUCAAGUGUUACCCAAGGACCAACAAGGGCGCUGUUGAUGUCAAGCCGAAUUCUAGCGAACUGAGCUACCUGCUAUUUUAUGCUACCUCCCGCCGUUCCAAGAUUCAGAAGAUUGGCGCCUUCUUGGAGAAGAAGACGGCAAGCGAUGUCUGGCGGCAGCGCAUCGGAAAUGUGCAAGUCACCCUUCGAAUCCUCACGGCACUGAUCGAAAAGGCCCCCAAGGACCUGCCGCUCGUAGCUCCGAAUGUACUCAAAAUCCUCGACCUCAUCCUCGGAUCCAAGGACAUCACUAUGGUCGAAUCCUCCAUACCUACCUUUGAGGCGUUUUGCGAAAAUCACGAUGCCUCGUCCUCCUUUGCAGACCAAGCUUAUCUCGCCCAAUACGAAUCGAUCGUUCGCACCUACGCUUCGCUUGCCUCGACCCGCGAAAACCCUGGGAAAGGAGCUUCUAGCAAGCCUGUACUGAUGCGAUGGAGGAGCGCCGGCCUCGAAGCGAUUAGGAGCGUUUCCUCUUCGGAAGCUCUAUCGACUGUCACUGGUCGCCAGUUCGACGUUAUCGUUCCCGUUAUUUUGGACAACCUAUGGUGGGAUGACGACGAGCUGCUCGACACGCUGCUGUCGCGCAUACAGAUGGAAGAAAAAGUGCAGGCAGAGAAGCUUCGCCGUAGGACGAGCGUCGCGACUGUGGAAACCAACGAUACCGGCGACGCAAACCCCAUUGCUCUCACAGGCACUGCUCACGAUGUAGACAGGCUGGCAGAAGAGGACGUUGGUGUGCUCGCCAUGCAGUGCCUGAAGCAGAUAUUUGUGACGCCAAACCGACCACAGAUUCAUUCCGCGACUGGUGCUCUUAUUCAAUUCAUCGAGGAUCGCAUCGCAAAUGGUAACACAGUCGUCAAGCCGGACGAGAAGCUGGGCCAGGAUCACGGGUGGGCAAUAAGCAUGUACAGCGCAAUCGCGAGAUGGGCGCCUGUACAGGACCGCUAUGUCAUUCUGGUGACGGCCAUGGAUCAUCUGUCGAAAGCACCUGUCAAGGACGACAACCUUAAGCUUCAUCUAUCGUUGACGGCCAUGAUUGGGUCUCUGCUGCGUUCCGACGUCAACCUGAUUGGGCUGAGCGCCAUGGACGUCUUGCUCGGUCUCGUCCAGCACAUGAAGAAACUCAUUCAGCUGCCAGGAGGCUUUGGGAGAACUGAAGGAGAGCCCGAAGAAGUAGUCUCUACCCUUCAAGGAUCCGGUGACGUAUUCGCUCAGCGAAGAGAACUCCUCGAGCGAAUUCAACUUUGCAUUGGAGACCUGGCGACACAUGUCUACUACGCAGACCAGAUUUCGGACAUGAUUUCGACGAUCCUUCUCCGACUUAAGCCGUCCAAAUCCUCAAGUACCAGCUCGUCGCCCCAAGCCGAAGCCUCUGAGCAGCCCCCCUCCGAUGACAUGACUGCCAGCCAACCUCAGCUGGAAACGUACCUUUCCCGUAACGUUGGCAAGACCGCUGCCUUGAAGGCCAUCAAGAACAUACUCCUCAUUGCAAACCCGCGUGCACAGAUGUCCGGCAACUUGAACUUGUCGAGAAACAAGGUUCCUCUUCAAGUUUGGGAGAACACGCAUUGGCUUCUGCGGGAUCCAGAUGGCGAGGUCAGAAAAGCCUACGCCGAUGCGCUUCUGACCUGGCUAGACCGCGAGACGACAGCGGCGGAUUGGAAGGCGCGGGACGAAAGCUCUCAACACCACCGGUCUUCUCUGAAGAACAGUCGCGAGCUCCAACCCGCCAAUGUUGCUCAACGAGCCGCAUCGAACGCAUCUAACCGCGAGAAACCAUCGAGGCACCGCUCACACUUUCUCCAACUUCUCCAUAUUGCAAUCUACGACAACGCGUUGCAAUAUGUCGACUAUGACCCGGAUAUUGUUCUUCUUCACGUGCUGCUUACGAAGCUUGUGUCCCAGUUGGGUGUCAACGCAGUCCAGUACGGAUUGCCAAUGGUAUUCCGUCUCCAGGAGGACAUUCCAGACGCAGAGCUGCCAGUUCAAAAGGUUCGCCUGGGCAGUCUUUGCCACGGAUAUUUCUGGGCAGUGACCGAGAAGUUCGACAUUGAGAACUCUGCCGUGGGACGUGCCAUCACCAAUGAGGUCAUUCGAAGACGCAGCAAGCAUUUCUGGACUGAGGGUGUGGCUAUCCCUCCGCCAGCCCUGGAGCUCCUCGGAACGCCUGGAGUUCCCAAGUUGCAGACCAAGCUGCCUGCCACAGAAGUCGAGAGUGAAGCGUUGCUGCCAUUCGAUGACCGCGCAUCGUUUGUAGAGAGCAUCGCUGUGAGCUAUGCGGACACAAGCAUCUCACCGCCGAGUAGUCCUCCUCAAUCUCCUGGUCGGAACUUUUCGCAUCCCAUCCUUAGCACCUCGAUUUCAACAACGCCCGCGACGCCCGGUUCGGAGCUGCCCACAGCUUUCCGCGAGCACAUGCUGACAGACUGGUCAAGAGAUGCGGCUAUGCUAGCCUUGCAGGCGGGAAGCAAGUCAGAGUCGCUAGCUGGUUCGAAAAGCGGCACUAUGGGAACCAACCGACACCACCUGACUGUUAAUGGCGCUAAUGGGCAUGGACAAACGGGAGAGUCUUCACCGCUUGGCAGCCAGCGAAACCUUCGUCCAAACUCAUCCCAGGUUGCCGGGGGCUUGUCUCCCAUGAGCAAGCUGCGAAAAUCCAGUGUGCGAAGUGGCGUUUCGCCCUCACCGUCGGAUUCGAGCCGAGGUGUAGUUACAUCCAUUGAUCAACUCAAGAUGGUCUUGACGGGCCAGGUGCCGGCGACGCCCAUUGGCACGUCAGCAGGCGUGCGCCAUGACAGUGACAGCGACAGCAUGGUCAGCUACGACUUUACCCCGUCAGAGCUCAGCUUCAACCCGGCGACAUCUCAGCCAGAAAACGGCGAUGGAGCCUCUCUUGGACGGCAGAGGUCUUCAUCGGCAUCACGCAAGGGUGGGCCGCUCAACUCUAACCCUUUGUACGAGCAUAACGAAGACGAGGACGUUCCACCGGUGCCGCCAUUGCCCGGUCACAUUGGUGGGCUGACGUCCUCGGUUUCUAUUCAGGAUUACGCAGUAAAGCCGGCGAAACGAGUACUUAGCAGCCGCGGUGGUGACAGUCUAUACCAGGGUUCCGCGAGAGGGGAUGGAAACAUGUCAACGAGCUGGAGAGCUCAGCUUAGGGAACGUCACGAAGCCACCUUACUAAUGGAAUUGGGCGAUGGAUUCAAAAAAUUUGUAUUGGACCCUGAAAUUGUAACCUCGUACACCGAGGCUUCACCGAGCUCACCUCCCGAGACCGUCCCGCAUUCUGAUGUCACGCUAAGACAUAAGCCAAUCAUACCCCUGUAUGCCCGACCGGGGCUAGCCGCGAAGCUUCCAAAAACUAAUUCAACGACCAACUUGCAUUUUGUAGCUGCAGCUCCCAUAGCUCCAAUCCAUAUCUACAACCACGAAAGGGCGUACCAUCACAAUGAAGCCGUCAACACGCAUCCCGCUGCGCCUUUUUACGGCGACGUCGUCGCCAUUGGCUUCGUCAGCCAGACGCCCGCCGAGGUCGCGCCCGUGGUCGGCACGGGACCGCCGCCGGAACCGCCCAUUGCUGACAUCGCCGCCGAGGACCGGGCAGCGGCGGCGCGGAUCCGUGUCGAGAGGAGGAAGAAGCAGGCCGAGAUGCUCAAGCACGCCAAGCGGAUCCGGACGUCGGCCGAGGCCAAGUCGAGUGCGCCGGGGGCUCUGAAGAGGAGGUUUUGGAAUGAUGUCAGUGUGCAGGAGGUAGAUGGUGCCCUCCAAGUCCACCUCGACUCCCGUCCCCUCCGCCACCCCAACACCAAGGAAAUCAUCCGCCUCCCGCCCUCGAAGCAGCACCUCGCCUCGGCCCUCGCCAUCGAAUGGGACCUCAUCACCUCGGCCGAGCAGGCGACGAAGCAGCACCUGAUCCCCCUGACCUCGCUCAUCUGCCGGGCCGUCGACAUCGCCGCCGACGACGCCGCCAACGACGGCGCGAUCCGGGAGCACGUGGCCAACACGCUGAUGCGGUACCUCGACACGGACGCGAUGCUCUGCUGGGCGCCGCCCGCGGGCGCGACGGACACGCGCAACGACGCCGGAGAGUCGCUGCGCGACGUGCAGAAGAGGACGGCGGACGCCGUGGUCGGCGCCUUGACGGGGCGGGUGUGGCCCGGAAUCGAGAUCACGCCGGUACUGGACGGGCAUAGUAUCGUGCCGCAGAGACAGGCGGAGGGAGUGAGGGAGGUUGUGCAGGGGUGGGUUAUGGGGCUUGACGCGUGGGAGCUGACGGGGUUGGAGAGGGCCGUGUUGGCGGGGAAGAGUCUUUUGGGGGCGGCGAGGUUGGUCGUGGAGUGGAGUGAGGGCCCUGUUGGGGAGUAUCGCGAUAAGAAUGGGAAGGGGGGCAAGUUUGGUGUCGAGGAGGCUGCUACGGCGUUGAGCUUGGAGGUUACGUGGCAGACUGGGGCUUGGGGUGAGGUGGAGGAUACGCACGAUGUAGAGAAGGAGGAUUUGAGGAGGCAGUUGGGGAGUGUUGUGUUGCUUGUUUCUGGUACGAACCGGAAGUACUUGGGUGGUGUACUGAUAGAGAUCUGGGGUGUUUUUGGCGAUGGACCUUCUCAAAUCUACAACACGUACGCGCCUCUGACGAUCCUCCGCCGAGGGCUCUUUCUCUUGUUUGCCUACCGACCCUUUGAUCAGUUAAUUUUCGCCGAUUCUAUGGUAUCCGAAUCAUCAGAAGACGCCCGCCUCAUUCUAGCAACCCCAUUAGACAAUGCUCUGGCAGAGCUGGGGUUGUUUCCGCCCCUCUACACCCACGAUAGUGGCAAAGCUCAGAUUUGUUUCCUGCAGAUCCAAGGAGGAGAGUACACAUAA